AUGAACCUGGUGAUCCACACCCUCAUGUACGCCUACUACGCGGCGUGCGCCUACGGCGUCCGCUUUGGCGUGGCGACGCGCCAGUCGAUCACCACCCUGCAGAUCCUGCAGAUGGUGCUGGGCAUCGCCAUCGUGGUGCACAACCUGGUGGCCUGCAACACGCUCCCGACCAACUACAUCUUUGGCCUCGUCAUGUACGUCAGCUACGUCGUGCUCUUCACCAAGCUCUACAUCGACUCCUACGUCAAGAAGGCGAACAGGCGGACGAAGCAACCCACGACCGCGGCCGACCCCACCAGGAAGACCAAGAAGGCAGACUAA